UUCAUCUGAAGAUAGUAUCUGUGCGGUACGUGUCACGAGAACGUUGACCAUGUUGCUAAGUUCUCCUAGUAUCUGCAGUACGUGUUAUUUGUACCAUGAGAAUGUUAACAAAUAGACAUGUUGCUAAGUUCUCCCUUCUCCGUGCCUUCCUUAUAUUGCGUUCUUGACAAAGAUUCCCCCCGCUGAAUGUUGAUGUCACUUGUCAAGUUGUCACCACUAUUUUACGUGGGCAACAUGACAGUUUGUCUGGGUUGAAAACUGUCCUGGUUUUCAACUGGCAGGAACGCUGACCUGAACAUCUUCCAAGUCUUGCCAUUGCAAUCUGUAGUGUGCCCUAAAAUAGACUGCCAGAGAGUAUAAAGAGGUUUAAGGCCGGGAGGUCUGGCCUUCAGACGAGCAGCACCACACUGUUGAGUCACACAGAGGACGACUGAUUUGAGCAAAAAGACAUCAUUGAGGACCCCACUCUCUUUUGUUCUUGAAUUUUGUUUCCGCCUUCCUAAGCAAAUUCUGACAGAGGACAAUGAAGUACUACCAGUUCCCUACGUCUCAGACCGUGCCCCUUCGAGCUUAUGCUCAGGACAAGUACAAGAGCUCUGCGUCGCAAAAGCCCAUCCGCAACGUGCAUUUCCCCAAUGACAUCGUUUUCCAGGACUUUGUCCGUCAUGGUGAGCUGGAGAGGAUUGGACGCUUCAUCCGAACAAGAAGGGUCACCCUGGACACCAUCUACCCCUCUGGCAUGGCCGCCAUCCACGAGGCUGUGCUGUCUGGGAACCUGGAGUGUGUGGAACUGUUGGUCCAUUACGGGGCAAGCAUCCACCAGAGGGAUGACGAGGGAUGGACCCCGCUACACAUGGCCUGCAGUGACGGCUUCCCUCACAUUGCACGCUAUCUUCUCUCACUGGGCGCCGAUCCAAAUAUGGAAAACGACUGUGGAGAGAAGCCUUAUGACCUCAUUGACCCGGAGAACAAGGAACUGCUGGACCUAUUCGGUCGAGUCAACAACGACUGAGUGCCAUGGAGUGUUACUUGCAACGGAAAGCCGAUGCGGUUACUCAAAUUGUUCUGACAAGGAACAGAGAAAAAGUCUCGUGGCUUCAGCAUCCUGCAGAAAGUUGCCUCAACAGUGGAGGUGACCGUGGAUGUCUGGUGGAAGGAAGUCUGACACAGCAGGCUUUUUCCUACAUAGAUUGGCAGCAGCCAGCUCCAUUUGCAUCUUGAAAGUGUUUGCUGCACAUUUGCAAGUGUAUACACCAAAGGGUUAGCUUUUGGUAGAAAACAAAUCCAUGCUUUUCAAUGGAUUCUAGCAUGAGUUAGGGUUUCCUAAUGGAUUCUGACCAAUUGAAGCAGACUCAGCAAUAACUGCAGUCUUUUUCUUUUUAUAUGAAUAUGAAAUCUAGCAUUCUAGCAACAUGUUAACUGUAUAGUCUUAUUUUUGUUACGUUUGUACCUCUAAAAUAAAGUUAUAUUAAGCCAAAUGAUUCAUUUCAUACAACUUUUCUGUUAAGGGUCUGCCACCUAGUCACAUAGAAAUCCAAUAUGCUUUGCUCUGGCGUCCUCAAGUGGCUAAUAUCUGUCAUGAUGGCAUUGAAAAAUAUGAGAAAACAUACAAAUAAUCAGUAAGACCUUUUAUUAUUAAACAUUGUGACCAGAUAAUUUUAAGUUUAGACGCACUGUACAAGUAAAAAAAAACAUUUACAAGCAAGACCAAAACUUCUGCCCUAGUUUCCACAUUGUGCUCAUUCUUUAAACUUCCACUCUUGUCGACACAUGGGGCACUGCUGCUGCUGGACCUGCUGGGAGUUGAGCCACUUCAAGAUGCAGUGCAUAUGGAAACAAUGGGAACACUGACCCCAGACCAGCGGGCAGUCAUCACCAGGCACCUUACCUGUAAAACCGAUUGGAGCUUUAGCGCACUCAUUAAUACUGUUUAACGUCCUCAACAAGCCACUUGCAGCUCUAAUCUGUACAAGUGGGAGAAUCUUUUGUAUGGUAGAAGGCUUUUUGUAUGAUUGGCUUAUAUAUUACUUAUUUACUUGUUACACAAUAAAACCAAUUGUUGUGAAACUCA